AUGGAAUGAACUGUAUGAACAAGGACCACGGCUGCGCUCACAUCUGCAGAGAAGCUCCAGGCAAAGGCGGGGUGUCCUGCGAGUGUCGACCCGGCUUUGAGUUGGCCAAAAACCAGAAAGACUGUACAUUGACAUGUAACUAUGGAAACGGUGGCUGCCAACACACAUGUGAUGACACAGACACAGGCCCGAUAUGUGGCUGCCACCAAAAGUACGCCCUGCAUUCAGACAGCAGGACCUGCAUCGAGAGAGAUGAGGCUGCAAUUGAGAGCUCUGAGUUCAAUGCCACGUCAGUAGCUGAUGUGGACAAGCGGGUGAAACGGAGGCUACAUAUGGAGACCUGCGCAGUAAAUAACGGGGGCUGUGACAGGACAUGUAAAGACACAGCCACAGGGGUGCGCUGCAGCUGCCCAGUGGGAUUCACCCUUCAGCCUGACGGCAAAACCUGUAAAGGUCAGUAA